AUACAACCACUUACAUUUGAAUUACAAAAAGUAUAAGAAAUGUGGUUUUUGCCCGUUGUAGCUGGGUUGAUAUAAACAAAUUAUUCAUAAACAAAUUAUUCAUCAAGUGCCAUUCCCUUUUUCCCAAAAUCUAGUAUAACACACAUGGCAAGUUCUUCAAAAAAUCCCCAAAAUUCCUCCACCACUAACGGGGGGAGUAGAAGGAGAAUAUUUUGCUAUUGCAAUGACGUUGCCGUAAUACGGACGGCAAAGAACGGGGUAAAUGCUGGCAAGCACUUCUUUGGGUGUCCGAAUUGGCCUGGAUCUAGUGCAUGAAAUAUUUGAGUGGGUAAUAGAUGACUCUUGUUCUAAAAGGGGCCUUCUGUUUAACGAUUUUGAAGUGAAAAUUCUAGAAAAGGACAUUGAGAUAGCUGAGUUGGAGAUGAAGAACCGUAUGUUAGAAGAAAAAUGGAAGAAAUUACAAAUGAAGAAAGACAGUGUUGAAGAAGAAUUGCAAGAAAUAAAAAAUGAGCUUUGUCAUACGCGAAUCGAGUUAAUGAACUGCGGCCAAUCUGAGAAGAAUUUGUCCAUGAUGUUGGUGUUCUCAUGGCUUAUUUUUGCUGUCUUAACUUUGUUAUUGAGGUAGUAUUUAGGGGUACUUAAUCCAUGAAUAUAAGGCAUAACAGGAGUUUUAUUUCUUUUAUGUACUACUAAUCUACUACGGCAUGUUAUUUAUGAUUAGUGAUCAAGAUCUAUCUAGAAGUCGUAUUUUGUUAGAAUUAUUAAAAAUAUUAGUGUUUAGUCCAUUGAAUAUCAAAUGGAGUUAUAUUUUUCUAGUAA